GCCCGGUGCGCUUCCCGGCCGGCAGGCACAGCACAGCGCGGCGGGCGGGCAGCCAGGAUGCAGGCGGCGAACAAGGAGCACCUGUACAAGCUGCUGGUAAUCGGCGACCUGGGCGUGGGCAAGACCAGCAUCAUUAAGCGCUACGUGCACCAGAACUUCUCCUCGCACUACCGGGCCACCAUCGGCGUGGACUUCGCGCUCAAGGUGCUGCACUGGGACCCGGAGACAGUGGUGCGCCUGCAGCUCUGGGACAUCGCAGGUCAAGAAAGAUUUGGGAACAUGACAAGGGUCUAUUACCGAGAAGCCAUGGGUGCAUUUAUUGUCUUCGAUGUCACCAGGCCAGCUACGUUUGAAGCAGUGACAAAGUGGAAAAAUGAUUUGGACUCAAAGUUAAGUCUCCCUAAUGGCAAACCAGUUUCAGUGGUGUUGUUGGCCAACAAAUGUGACCAGGGGAAGGAUAUGCUCAUGAACAAUGGCCUCAAGAUGGACCAGUUCUGCAAGGAGCACGGAUUCGUAGGAUGGUUUGAAACAUCAGCAAAGGAGAACAUAAACAUCGACGAGGCCUCCCGAUGCCUGGUCAAGCACAUCCUUGCCAACGAGUGCGACCUGAUGGAGUCCAUCGAGCCUGACAUCGUGAAGCCCCAUCUCCCGGCGCCCAGGGUUGCCAGCUGCUCCAGCUGUGCCAAAUCGUAGUGGGCGUCUUUGCUGCCAUGUGAUGGGAGUUGUCCCGUUAUCUCAUCCAUUGUGCCUCGAUUGUUACCCUUU